AUGGCUCGUACCAAGCGGACUGCCCGUAAAUCCACGGGUGGAAGAGCGCCCAGGAAACAACUGGCUGCAAAAGCCACUCGUAAGAGUGCGCCCUCUACUGGAGGGGUGAAGAAACCUCAUCGGUACAGGCCCGGGACUGCCACACUCCGUGAAAUUGGACGUUAUCAGAAGUCUGCUGAACUGAUGUGCAAACUUCUCUCCAGUGUCCGGUUGGAGAAAUUGCUCAGGACUUCAAAACAGAUGUGUGCUUCCAGAGCGCAGCGAUCGGUGCUCUGCAGGGGCACUGAGGCCUCGCUGGCUGGCCUGUUUGAAGACACCAACCUGAGCGCCAUCCACGCCAAACGUGUCACAGUUAUGCCAAAAGACAGCCAGCUAGCACGCCGCAGACGUGCAGAACGUGCGUGA